AACUGUUUAACAACUGCGUCUUAUUCUACAGUCAUUUCUCCUACCAUGUUUCUACGGAUAAUUCUGAUUGUUUUGACAGUACCAAAUUGCCAUUCUUUCCUGGAAAUCAAACUUCAACCAUCAAAGGGUAGGAAUGCCACUCUAGUAUGCAAAUAUCCAGUAGAAGCUACCACAGUGAUUUGGACACGAGUUGGAGUAGGAACAAUCACUAGCUGCUUCGUGCCAGGAACCUGCUUACCUUUGGUGAACAAUAGAUAUCAUUGUAGUGUCAGUAGAUUGUAUUCUAAUAUCACAAUAACCCAUUCACGACAAAGUGAAGACUCAGGAGAAUGGAAGUGCACUGUAAAUGACCUGUAUCACUCCUCAGUGAAUCUGCUUGUGUCUACCCUCCCGAGUUCAUUUUAUUUCACAAAUGCUCCUGCGACUGAGGUUUUCAUCACACAAAGCGGAUUGGACCUCCAUGCACGAGCUGUGUGUGUCUUCCCUCAGCUAACAGAAGUCAGCCUCCAUUACAUGAUUAAGGGUGAUAAUACAUUUAAUCUUUUCACAAAAAGAAAACCCGACAUUUAUUUUGCCGGUGGUAGCACACAGAACUGCGAUAAACAUGAAUACAUCAUGUUAACUCAGAUAACGUUAAAGGAGGAAGACUUCCUAGACUUGACAAUGCUAUUCAGAAUGCAGUACACUGCUUUGACGGGAGACGUUAUACAGAGUCAAACCACGUCCUAUGUUGUUUUCCCCGGUCAUCCAUGUCAAUCAAAGCCUUGUCAGAACGGUGGGGAAUGUAAAGUACUGUCAUUCAGUCAUUAUCACUGUUCCUGUCCAACAAGAUAUACUGGACAAGACUGUGAUGUUAAAGUAAACCCUUGUGUCUCAAACCCCUGUGAAAAUUAUGGCGUUUGUCAUGGCAACGAAGAUCAUUUCACCUUCACCUGUAAAUGUCAGAAUGGAUAUACCGGAUUUACUUGUCAAGAAAGUACUUCAUCUGCACCGUUUCAUAAAGAGAAAGGCCUUUUCAUAACUAUUACAACGAUACAGGUUGUCCUAUUAUCAGCUCUAGUUUGAGUCACACCAGGAAUAAGACAUCAAAUCCGGUCAUCAUACCAUAUGCUUUAAGA